AGUCUAUAGUAUCUGGUAUCUCUGCUAGUAUCUGCGAGUGUAGUGUAUGCAUGUCAUAUGUUCCGUUUAACAGAGUCUGUUUCUGUUAUCAUUCUUACGUGAUAGUGUGAUUCUGUGACAUUAUUCAUUUGUCAAGAUUUAAAGUAUGUGCGUAAGUGCGGAAAAGAUAAGGAGCCUGGAUACCCUACUCACUUGAGUGAAUCACACAGAUCCUCCUACGACUUCUGGAGAGAACCAUAUACACUAUCUUACCUACUUUCGAAAUCGACAACCCACAAUGUCAAAGGAAGAGCAAAAAAACUUGACAGACUCAGCACUGGGCGACAAGAUGCAGUGGAGCAUGUUGCCCAACAACCUGAACCCCACAGUCGCGUCGGACGAUCACCUCCAGGGUUCGGGAUUGGUUGUCAGCGAUGGCCUGCCCAGGUUCAAGCUUAACGAGCCUGGACCUGCCGCCCUGGCUAGCAGCAUUUUCCAGCAGAACAACAUGGUCAACGACGAGUCCGAGCAGUCCUUUGUCGUCCUGGGCCAGUCUUCCCUGGACUCUAUCAGAGAAACUUCUUUGGCUAACUACGUGGAGAUACAGAAGAAGAGCCUUUCGAUCGACCAUUCUUCUUUGGUAUCAAUGAUGAGUCCAAACGAGAUGGAAGAUAGUUUGAAGAAAGUCUUGGAAGAGAAUUUGAGGCUCAAGGAAACGCUGAAACACAACAACACGACCAUCAAACAGCAAUUCAGCACGAUUACCCAGUGGCAGAAAGAAGUUAUGGCGGUUUGCGAUGGUCACAAACAAAAGUUCAUUGAGACCAAGGAACUCAUAAACAAAUUGAAAAUUGAAAAUGAAGAGUUGAGGGAUAAAAUCACAAAGAGUCAGUCCCCGGUUUCAUCGACACACAGUACUUUGAAUAACUUAACGAAGGAUGCUUUGACUACUUCUGGAAACUCACGGCUGUUGCAAAACAUGAAUUUUUCAGCUUUUACUGAAGAAAACAAAUCUCACGGAGGUCGAUCUAUGCUCGAAAGUGAACAUAAACUUGAGAAAAAGUUUGAUAGUCUAUCAGAGGACUUGUCCACGCUGAAGAGUGAUUUGGAAAAGACCACGACGCUCAAUUCUGAAAACUUACCAGAGUUGCAGAGCAUCAAUUCUUCAACCAUUGAGGAAGAUGACAAAUCUCGGGGUGAUCAAGUAGCACUUGAAAGUGAGCUGAAACUUGUAAGAAAAAUCGAUACUCUGUCGGAGGAGUUGUCUGCUUUAAAGGUCGAUCACUCAAAAUCGCAAGAAAUAUUUCAAGAAUUGGAAAAGCGUUAUAUCACGGAUAUACAGUUUUUCAGCCAGCUGAUGCACAAAGCCAACAAGGGGUUUGAUGAUUUUAAGAAAAAUUGCGUCGUAUCGAAUUCGUCCGAGCUUCAAAAGCUCGUUAAUAAAUGCUGUGAGAAGGAUAACGAAAUAAGUUACCUCAAAGAAAUAAUAACGUCGUUUGAGCAGCAAAUAAAGAAGUUCGAAGAAAACGCACUUGCAACAGCUGAUUCAAACCUUGAAAUCUCUGGAGAACCGAACAAAGACAAAUUACUGUUGAAGGAAAACGUUGAAUUCUACCAUGAAAAAGUCAACGAGUUGAACAAGUGUUUCGCCUCGCAAUGCUCUCGUCACCUCCGUAUUCAAGAAUUUUUAAAAGAGUCCGUUGACAUCAUACAAGCCCUGGAAAAUGCAGAAGUUUUGCCAAAUAGUGAAAUACUCGCGGACAAGUUGAAAGCUUACAAAGAUGAAUUGUGCAAUUAUCGCAAGAAGUUGAUAGACGAACAGUUGCAGAGCAUCGACGACAAGUUGACGACCAUAAAAAUCCAGAAACAGUUUCAGAAAAUACUGUCGGAUUACAAUGCGGUCGUUUACGAAUUGGAAAUCUUGAGGGAUGAAAAUUCGAAGCUGCAGACGCUGCAGGUCAAAGCAGGGGAAGAAAACUCGCGUAAAUUGGCGGAUAUAGAAAAACACCUGGACGAGGAGAAGAAAGUUUUGGACGAAGAAAAAACUGCUCUGCUCGAGGCACAGCUGAACAUGCACAUGCAUAAGAAAUCGAUAAGCGAGGAAAGAGACAAGCUUCAAGCCGAGCAAACUCGCCUGUGCAUGGAGAAGGAAUGGCUUUCUGAGGAGAAGACCAGCCUGAUCGAGGAGAAAACUUCGCUCGAUCGUCAGAGUAAGCUGUAUGAAGCUGAGGAGGGAACUCUGCAGAAGGAGAAGAAAAUUUUGCAAAAGAAGUGCGACGAUUUAAACAACGAGAUCGUCAAGUUGAAACAGGAACUAAAUCUGUCUGACGUGACUAUUCAGCAGUUGCGAGCUGACAAUGCCAAAUUGCAGGAAAACGAAGAGUUGAUAUCGGUCUACAAAAUACAAAUCGAUAUGUAUGAAAAGGAAUUCGACGAGAUACGCGUGUCCCAGAAAAAUUUGCAAGAACAGCUGCAAUCUCUUUCCAUGGCUAACAUCGAGUUGCGUACUGAGAAUGAUCGUUUAGGUGGAUCGGUAUCUUCAAACGAAGAUUCAAGACAACAACAACAGCAACAGCAAGAUCAGAGACCUGUCGCCGAAGAGAACCAGCACAGAUUUUGCGAGCGCUGUCAGCGAUUUCUCGUCCCGGGAGAAAUACAUAAUUCGUCCGACUGUAUGAGGAUCGCACUGAUGGAAUUCGACUAACUACUCAACAAAAUAAAAAUAGAUGUUGAUUCAAUUGUUCUUUAAAUUUUUUUUUCAACUUUCAGUCAUCGAAAACAACAUUUUUAGAUGCUUUUAAACCUCGCUGGUUAUUUCGUUCUUUUUUUUAUAUACAUACGUAUGUAACACAUAAGAAAAAAGAUAAUAUAUUUUUAAGAAUAACGUCAAAGAUUACGUAGAAGAGUUGUAUUUAAUCAAGCAGGUACUACGCCAUAAUAGAAAUGUAUUUUAAAACUAGUUCUUUGUAGACAUCCAACAACCAGAACUUGUCCUGCUUUGUCUAGUGUAUACUGUAUGCAUAAUAUUUAAAAGUGCUGUGUAGAUUAUCCUCGAAUUGGCUGAUCCAUGAAAAUAAAAAAUUUAGACUGAAACAAUAUUAGGAAAUUCGAAUAAAUUGCUGUAAAUUAAGUAACUAUUACGAUUUCGAGAAAAAUGUUUCUUUUCCUAUAAUAGCUGUACAAUACAAAGAUGUAUAUAUGAAACCUACGUCAGCAGUUGUAGCAUAGUCCUUUUUAUUUCAUAUUUUUGUAGGCUUUAGUCCUAAUUAAAUUAUUAUUGGCAUUGAUCGUCGUAAAAACAUAGGUGUCAAAAGUAAUAUUGGUAUCGAGAUUAAAAUGUAGCAGAGGUAUUUUACUCUACUGUAAAAAGUUCGUUUGCGUGCGUUGCAAAUUACUCACAAAAGAGUAAAUUAAAAUAUUUUACACUUAAUAAUUAUUUGUUUCUCUGUUUCGUAAGCGAUUUUGAUUAUUUAUUUAUUUUAUCAUUUAUGUAAAACUUGUAAUUAUUGAAUAAACGAAAAACAUUGUAAUUACAAUA